CCAUCACUAACGAGGACGCCGCUGUCAAACGACGUUAGCCAGAAGUCGAUAGUACGAAAUAGGAACAAUAGACUUUAAAAAAUCUUUCGAGAUUUUGGAGGGUUAAGGUCCCAACCUAGAUUUAGAUAUAGAUCUAGAAUCUAGAUCUAGAUCUAAUUCUCAAAUGAAUCCUGCAUGAAAUAGAAAAGGAAAGGAUAAAUCUUGUUCUGGAAGUGAAAAGAUGUCCGACAGGCUUGAGACGCGUGUGAUUCAAGUCACAAAUGUAGCUCCAAGCUGCACCAAGGAACAGCUGAGGACACUGUUCAGCUACUUGGGGCGUGUAAAGGAACUUCAGAUGUACCCUCCUGAGUCCAUCGAUGCUUCUAUUGUCACAGCUAGAGUGGCAUACAUUGAGUUCGAGGAUGCCACUACCACAGGGGUAGCUUUACACCUGAGCAGCACAGUUUUUGUUGACCGUGCCCUCAUGAUUGUUCCUGUAAUGGAUGGGAAGAUACCAGAUGAAAGUACUGCUUUGCAGCUGACACCACAAGCCGUGGCGGGAAUGCUGCCAGGUCAACCUACCUGGCCAGCAAAUGUUGUCAGUCAAGUUACUGGAACUGGCUCAAAUCAAGUGAUCACAACAAAUGAUCCUAGGCUGACUUCGCUUGGACUUCCGCAGUAUCCUCCUUUGCCAGCCUCUACAGAUGCAAAUGUGAUUGAGGAGAUAAGGCGCACAGUUUAUGUCUCUGAUCUGGAACCAAAGGUGACUGGAGAAAUGCUGUUAAAUUUUUUUUCGCAAGUUGGAGAGAUCAAAUAUGUGCGACUGGCUGGGGAUGAGCAUGCUGGUGCUCGUGCUGCUUACAUAGAGUUUACCGAUCAAAGAUCUGUUGCUCAAGCUCUCACUUACAACAAUGUUGUUUUCAAAGGACGAACGAUGAGUGUGCAACAUUCUAAAGCAAGUAUCAUUAAACCUCAAGGUAAAGCCAGCGAAGCCUCUCAGCGUGAGAUUGAUGAGGCCAUGAAAAAAGUCAAAGAAGCCCAGAAGUUGAUUUCAGCUGCUGCUGCUGAACCAAAAAAAGAGGAUGCACAAUCCCCACCAAGAAAAAGGUCGAGAUCCAAGUCAAAGGCUCGCAGCCGCUCUGCUUCUCGAUCUCGGCGGUCUCGCUCGCGAUCAAGGGGAGGCCGUCGUCGUAAGUCAAGGUCCAGGUCACGGAGGAGGUCAAGAUCAAGGCAUAGGUCUCCUCGUCGAUCCCGGACGCCUGUUAAAAGACGAAGAUCUAGAUCAAGGGGACGAGCGGGCCCCCCUGCUCCUCCAGUAAGGCGCUCUAGAUCUCGUGAACGUCGGCGGUCCCGCACACGAUCUCCGGUUCGGCGAAGGCGCUCUCGCUCAAGAUCAAGGAGAAAAUCUAGAACACCGCCGCGAUCAUAUAGCAAGCGCUCUCGGUCAAGGAGUCGUAAGAGAUCUCGGUCCCUCAGCCGCAAAAGAAGCAAAUCCAGGGAUCGAAGAGCAAAAGAAAAAAAGAAAAGUCCGUCUCUGUCCCCUCCCCGCUUAGAGCGAAAUGGAUCUAUUCCGACCAAGGAUGAUGAUAAGGAUGAGUCUUUCUCGAAACAUGACAGCAGCCCAAAGGCCAGCACAGAUGAAGGGGAAAAUAAACCGAGUGCUAAUGUUGAGGAAGAUAAUGGCAAAGCUAGCGCAAAAAAGAGGUCCCCAUCCCCAGUCAAGCCCAGACGAAGAAGUCCUUCACCUCGUAAACGCAGUCGGUCUCGCUCUCCAAGUCGACGAACCAAAAGGAGGAGACACACAAGGUCCCCAAGUCCAAAGAAACGAUCCCGUUCCCGUAGUGGCUCAAGACACAAGUCCAAAAGAGAUCGCAGCAAAAGAAGCCGCAGCCGAGAUCGUGAUAGGGACAGAAAGCAUGAGAGCAAGAAAAAGUCGACUCGUGACAAGGAUGAUAAAAAAAAAGAAUCAAGCAGUUCUUCAAAGAUAAAAAGGGAUUAUGAUGAAGAAGAAAAAGGGUUUGCAAGUGGGAGUGAGAAAGAAAGAGAGGCAAGUGACAGUGCCCGAGCCCACUCUCACAGCAGUUCCCCACCUCAGCUGCACUCCAUGGAGAAGGACACUGAUCAUCAGACUGUGGACAUGGAUAUGAGUGACUGAAUCUAGGAGCCUGUGCUGUUUGCAUUUGUUUCUAGCUUCUCACUCGUACCUUUGUACUUUCUUAGAUUUCUAUUUGAACGACAUGAUAUGCAGAUGAAGACCAGUGCUUUUUCAGAGAAUGAAAUUAAGAACUUUUUAAAAUUUUAGUUUAAACAAAAUCUUUAAUUUUGUAGGAAUUUAUAAAAAGCUCAAUGCAUUACAGCCUAAGGGUCUGGACAGGAAGUCUGUAUUCCCAAAUCCUAAACAAGGGGAAGGAAUACAAACAUUUAAAAAACACAUUUUUAAAAUGCUAAACAAAUUCCCAAAAUCCUUUAAAGAAUAAAAA